GGGUGUACGCUAGAAGCAGUAAAUUACGCCUUCCGCUCAUGUACUGAUACCGGGCAGUUGCAGCUUAGGUUGUGUCCACUGCGGGUCCCGGUAUUCGCUUGCGCUAGCGCUUGGCAACAACCUCAUGUCAUGCCUACAUGCCUUACGAACAAGCCACUACUGGAACUCGAGAACUCUUUGGCGCAGGGAAAGGGCUGUCGCGCAACAUGUCGGCAAAGUGGUCUAAGGUGCUCUGGAAGCGACAGCCUUUUCCGGAUAACUACACGGAUCAUACUUUCUUGCAACAAUUGGUUGUGAACGCCGCCGUGCCGCCCCGCAGCUACUGGCCGGUGGCGCUGGCGUCUGCCGCCGUGACGCAGCAGCUGGCCUGCGCGCUGGUGGCGGCGGUGGUGCCGCUGCUCCUGCACAGCGGGGUGCUGCGGGCGGGGCAGCUGCUGGCGGCGUGCGGGGGGCUGCUGGCGGCAGG